AGUGGGAGGAGUCUGGUGAGUGUUGUGAGCGUCACGCGCGCGUCACGGACCUCUCACUCCACUUCCGGAAGCUUCCCCCGAGCGCCGCUGCGCCCACGACCCCGACUCGUCGCCCCGCAGAGACCCGCAGGGACCCCGACUCCUCGCCCCGGGACGCAGCCGCGGACCCCCCCAGCUCCCGAAACGCCACCAUGUCGACCAGCGAGAAAGCUCCCCUGAUGCCGCCCAAUGCACCGAAGGACAGCCAGUCAUGGGGAAACCCGGAUCAGCCCGGAUACAUGGCACCCCCCUACGUGCAGCCCCCCUACCUGACGUCCCCCGGCCCUUCAUCCGGGGGUCCGGGCUACAGCGAUACACCCUACCACCCAGCUCCAGGCCCUUCAGCUCCUGCCUUUAAUGAUGAGCAUCCGCCAAUGUACCACGACAAUGAAGACUUCAAUAUCUCUGACUGGACUGACAAAACAGUGCGGCGCGCUUUCAUCAGAAAGGUGUACCUGGUCCUGACUGCCCAGCUGCUGGUGACGUUCGCCUUCGUGUGCACCUUCCGCUUUUCACCCGCCGUCUCGACAUACGUUAAACAUACUCCCGGCCUCUACUAUGCCUCCUACGCGGUCUUCUUCGCCUGUCUCAUCGCGCUCAGCUGCUGCGGGGAAUUCCGCCGCAAGCAUCCCUGGAACAUCAUCACGCUGUCCAUCCUGACGCUGUGCAUGUCCUACAUGGUGGGGAUGAUUGCCACCUUCUACGAGGCCGACGCUGUUGUGAUGGCGAUGGGCAUCACAGUGGCGGUCUGCGUGGCCGUCAUCUUGUUCUCUAUGCAGACGAAGUACGACUUCACGUCCUGCAACGGCGUGCUGCUGGUGAUGCUGGUCGUGUUGAUGUUCUUCUCCAUCCUCUGCAUCAUCUUGCGCAAUCAAAUCCUCAACAUCGUCUACGGGGCGUUGGGGGCCCUGCUGUUCACCGUGUUCCUCGCAGUGGAUACGCAGCUGCUGAUGGGGAACCACAAGUACGCGCUGAGCCCUGAGGAGUAUAUCUUCGCCGCCCUCAACCUCUACACGGACGUCAUCAACAUUUUCCUCUACAUCCUGAUGAUCAUUGGCAACUCUCGCAACUGAGUGCACGACGCGCCAGCUUUGUCCUGUUCGGAAAUGUGUCUUCGUGUUAGGGAUUCGUGGCGUAUUCGGUGACGUUUGGCUCGUUUUUCGACGAGAGGUUUGCACACAGCUUCAGCCCGUCGAGGUGCAACAGCGGGAGGUUGUCGUCGCCCAUGGUCAACGCCGCUGUGACCUCCGCGUCAAGACAUCCGUGCUCACCUCAGAAAUAUCGCAGAAACCUCGUAGAAAAUGCUCGGAUACAGUUUUAUAGACUUUUGCGGCAAGGCAGCCUCAUGCCGUGUAAUGCGCAGAAUGAAAUAACCCUCGAAAUAAUUUAUUUAAAAGUGGAAACAAAAAUUGGCUUGGAUGGGCGACAACUAAUACGGCUAACCCAUGCAUCAGCAUAGGGCCUUUGGAAUGAGUUAGGUUUGGAGACAAUUGAGAGGCAGGAGACUUUUAAACCACUUCGCUAUCAGUUCACGGACCCUCCCUACUCUCCAGAGCCUCGCACGGGGCAAGGUGGAGACCUGGGAGGGUCCGGGCUCUCUCUCAUGCGCCAAGAUCUUCGACUCUCGCUUCCCAGUGUGUCCACGUUCCUAGCACAUGAAGAGUUGUCACAUAUCAAGUUGGCUUUUGAGUUUCACUGUUUUUAAGAAAUUGGUAUUCAUGGAUUAAUAAGUCAAUGUCUUAAUGCAGAGUGUAGAACGACUGAGGCUGUCUGCUUGGUUUAAAUGCUGUUGUGUAAACAAUUUCUGUAAAAAAUAAUAUAUGUUCUUUCCAAAAUGUUAAAAUUAAUCUUUACUUAAUGCAAAUCCUCUUACCUUUAAGAAGCAAAAAUUAUACUUAUCAAAUAUAAUGUUACCUCCUUUCCACUUGCCUAGGUGUGUCAACAGCAAAAGUGUUUUCACCGUAUGUUUAACGAGAGCCGUGCGCAUGCAUGUUCUGGUCUCACAGUGGAGGUUGGGCUUGGGUGGAGGAGUUCCCGAGUGGGAGUUUGAAGGCCUAGAUACACCGAGUGUUAUUUGUGUGCAAUUAGCCGGGGAAGGGUGCGCGAUUGGGCCAGGUUCUUGAUUUGAAAUUUUUGCAAUCGGCUACCAUCGCAUAGAAUGUAGCCAACCAGUGAGCAGGUUGGGCACGCGCGACCGCAGAGUGCGCAUGAGGUGUCCGUGUAUCGGUGUGUGGAAAUGCGUGUGUGAGUUAAUACAUGUGAAUCUGCUUGUGGCAGCAUUGCACUUUGUGAUCGAUACGGGCGCAGUCCAGCACAGCCCGUGUACGCCCCCCCAUCAAUUGUCGUGACAUUGUACAGCAUAUCUAGGUCAUGGGAUGGGUGGGGGGCCCAUGGCACCGACCUCAAUUCACACGGCCUGUGUGCGCCAGGCGUACCACUUGGAAAUGGGCCACACACGAUAUUUAACAUCACCUUCAAGCAUCUUGGCGGUGCAAAUCGAGUACCACGGGGGAUAUUUUCGACCUUGCAACGCUUCAUUUUAGGGAACCCAUUAAUAGUUUUUAAGGGCCUCUUGCAGUGACUGAAGUGUGUGUGUGUUCACGUGCUGUUGCCUGCUAAUGAUGCAGGGAUUUCCCAAACUUCAGUCCUCGCGACCUCACCAUGCGACGUCUUUACCGACGUACUCCCCAUUCAAAUACAAGUGAACUCGUGUCACGAGCCAGAUGAUUGUUAAACGUCCCACGCGACGAGCUGAAUCAAUUAACGCUGCGUGCGUUAAUAGAGCCAAUUGAAAUGAAGAUCGAGAUGUCUGCGCGUGUGUAUGCACGUGUGCCACGUGACAGACGUAGCGUUAAUUGGCGCGUCACGUGGGGCGUGUUUAACUAUCAUCAGGCACGUACAGCGUGGCACGUGUUCAUUUGAAUGGGAGCAGUAAGUUGGUAGACGUGGUGGGUCGCGACGACUGGAGUUUGGUAAAGCCUGUGGUCUUUAAAAGUAAUAUUCGGCCCUCCGUUAAAGGUCCCCGCCCUCGCUUUAAGGUGAUCGUGAGAUGCGGCCCAACUGCUGGGUCGUUGGCCUCAUGCGUGUGUCACCUCUGCGUUCUGGCCUUGUUGUGUUUCUAUCGAUAGGUUGGCUACAUUGCCCCACGUGUUUAAAUUGGCAUCCUUGCCUGCUGCAAUGGCUAACAAACGCGCCCGUGUACCCGUGCCGCCAUAUCAGCACCGACCGCACCGUCAUAUCGAGAUGUAUCAGAGCUCUGGGCUCCACCACCACGCAGUGCAGGUGUGGAAGUCGCGUGACGCUUUAGAUGACACAGAAGCAGCAGACUCCGCCGGCCGGCAGGCGGGGCUGCAAGGACAUUUUAUUGGCACCGUUUGUGUAGAAUCGCCCUGUCGUGGCGACGCUGCGACGUGCCUAAUCGUACGACACAAGGUCCACGAUACUCGUGUUAGUAUUUAGAAACAUGUUUCCUAAUUUUUGUUAAAUUAUUCUUUCCUGGCAAUAUGUAAACGUUAAUAGUAAAAAAAAAAGUUAUGAUAGGCUACAUUACCCAUUAACUGUGUUUUUGUGUUACUUGCAUUGGUAAAUUAUGGUAGCGGUAUAUUGAAUGGUAUCGUUCUUUCGUGACCAACAGACGCGUGUUUUACGGAGUAAAAUCGCCGGCGAUGGGAAGGCUUUCCGGCAGGCUUGUGUUGUGUCGUUUCAGCUCACGGGGUGGGUUUCGGUUUGCAACACGGCGGCGAUUUCGAGUCGCGGGAAGUGCGACAAAGCGCGCGCACACAAACAGCGGUGCAAUCAAAACAAACACGAAAUAUACACGGGACGCGAAGUGGCACACGGAGCUGUGCGAAAUGGACUUGGCGACGUGAGUUUGGGGGGCACCGCCGCGAAACGCGAGGUCGCGCGUGUAACCGCAUCGACCCCGACGAAAUCUUGAUUUAAAGCUUUCGUGACUGCAGGGAUUCAUAUUCUUGGUUCUUUCGGUAAUGUUUUAUAUGUAUAUUAUUUUAUUUCCCUUCUACGUGACUUUACCGAAAGAACCAAGAAUAUGACCCAAACGAAGUUAAACAUCGCGGUCUAAACAAUCUUCCUCGGCGCGCGGGCUCUGGGCGGCAGAUUGUGCCAUUUCACGCCGUGCGGACAGCUACGUCACUUGCAGGUCGCGACAGUUUCCCUCGCUGAUAAAAUGUUAUCCUGUUAACCGAACAAAUUAUUUGGUAGUGGUGGUGCGUUUGACAGCGGUGUUCGCACGGACACAAUUAACAAAACACCGCAAGACAUUCAUCAUUAUAUACUUAAAAGGAAACCGUACAUUGGAGGUGACGUUUUUUGAGAAAUAGUUAUGUGAACGACCCAUUGCCCGAAACGUCGCCUGCUCGGUAUAGUUUUAACAACUGAAGUGAUUGUGACCAAAACGGCGUCACAUGAAAGUGGCGUUGCAUAUUCAUUUCGUGUGUUGAUCUCGACACCUAUAACAAACUCUUACCGGUGAGGUGAGGCUUUCACUCUGGGUCUAUUAUGCUUGAUGUGUACUCAUUGGUAAAGUGUGACUAUUCAUGAAGCUCAUGGUGUUUACCCUUACAAUCUUGUGUAAGUAGCACAAUUUUAAUUCAUAAAAAACUCCUAAUUAUUUGUAUAAUAAAAUGAUUUAUCUUUACAAUUAGCGGUGCGUAUGGAGAGAGAGAGAGAGGUGACAGUCACGCAGUGCGUGUGCGCCGUGCCCACCAGCUCGCGCGGCGGUGGAACCGCGGGGUAGACAAAGGCGAAGCCCUGCAAUGUCUCGCUCAGAACGCCCACUGCCGGGGGGGGGGGGUGGGGAAGGGCCUCCACUUUCAGGCAGUGUUUCAUUGCUGGCCUCGAGGUGGGCUGAGACAGAUGCCACUUUUCGGUGGCACGCGACGUGACGACCUUUGCGAUCUCAAUUCUGUACGGCCAACAUUCCACAUCUGCCCACGUGCUCCAUGGCCAGAGCGCGUCUCGUGUCGAACCACUGCCGAAUGAAUAGAGGCUUCCUCGCGCACCGCGGGAGCUGUUUGACCCCGACUUCACCACGUUGGUCAGUGCGGGUUGAAGGUGUGGAACAUAGAUGUUGGAGCAUAGAGGUACGGUACAACGAUGUAUGUUGCUGCACUGCGGUCAACUUACAGUCCUGGAGUGGCAUGCAAAGAGGCGAUUGAAUGCGUGGCGGUCGCUAAUCCAACACUGUGGCCGGGCUCAUUCUCUGCUUAGCUUGCGAGAUCUGAUAAGAUCCGGUGCACUCCGAGCGAUGCGGUCGACGAGAUUUAGACGCAUGGGCAGAAGAAUGUUGUCAGGUGACUGCACGACGUUUAAAACGCAGUUACAGUGCACGAGCGAUGUCUGUGUGUUCUCCGCAAGACUUCGUGGGGUGCUGUGUUGCUUUGCCCUGCUGUUCGUCAGGAAGAGCACUCUUGUGAAGGAAGGUUGUAAAUGUCGAUUACAAAAAAGCACAAACUCACCUCGGAGAGGGUGGCAGUAUCGGCUGGAAACGUGAGCGCAUCCACGCGAUUAACCCUCAUCGUUAUCCUCAUCAGCAUGACUGUCAUCCAUUAGAUGGUAACGUCGAAUGGAAUUACAAUUUACUGCCAAAGGCCAAAUUUACUUAAAUUACUCUCUCAUUACACUGAACAAUAACACACAGCUGCUGCUGUCGUCUUAAUCGUCCACAAUUAGUCUCAAACACCUGCAUCCAUCUCGCCGCGAGUCCCCUUAAUUAGCAGGGCACCAUCGUGUACCCACCUCGAGACCAGUCUUCAUCCCCGUCAUCGACGUCGCCGAAAGCAAUGGCUCAUGAGCUAAUAUAAUUCCAGCUGCAACCUCGCCGUACGCCUCCCACUAUACAUAUCACUCCCUGGCGUGACCUCGCUGUACAAACCGGUAACAAGAGUAAUAACAAUGCCUCAUUGAAACACGGCCUCCACAUUCACGUGAAGUUCUCAUAACGCGUGGCAGGCGAGGGAGUUCAUGCUUUCUUUUGGGCCGCCCUUAGGCAGUGUUAACGUUUGCUCAUGAAACUAGAGGGCAUUCAAAUCAAAAUGUGUAUUUAUUUUAAGUCAACGAAGAUUUAAGUGGACGAAAAACCAUCAAUCGUGACGAUGGCUAUAGGCCAGGGGUGGGGAACCUGUUUUCUGCCAAGGGCCAUUUGGAUAUGUAUAACAUCAUUCGCGGGCCAUGCAACAUUAUCAACUUAAAAAUGUGCCCGUUAUAUUUGGUCAAACAAUUAAUUUACUCACCACUAAUGUGAUGGCUGGAACUGCUUCUCUUUGGCGAGGCGUGUGAUGUUCUCUGGUAUUGAUGAUGCUGCUGCUACUCGCAACUGCUUUUCCAGGUUUGCUCCGAGAUUUAUUGAAUUUCGAGUCCCGCUUGCGGUUGCCUUGGCAGGGCCACACCAAAUGAAUUCGUGGGCCUGACACGGCCCGCGGGCCGGACGUUCCCCACCCCUGUUAACUCACCAGCAAAGACCGAGGCGUGACGAUGACGAAACCAACAUUACCCAGUCUUGAGUGAAGGCGCAGCCGAAGACACGAAUUUAGUAGCGUUAUUUGAGACAGGGCAACGAGGAAUACCAAACAUGGUCAUUUGUUAUUUUCUAUUUUGAUUUGAAGCUUUCGUGACUGCAGGAAUCCAUACUGUUUGGUUCUUUCGGUAAAGUCAUGUAGAUAUAAAAUAAAUCACGACGUUUCGGACGCAACACAAGCGUCCAUCACCUUUCCCACCUGAUGAUGGACGCUUGUGUUGCGCCCAAAACGUUGUGAUUUGUUGUAUUAUAUUCUCACGUAGAAAAAGUUGACUGAUUGGUUGACCUGGUAAUAUUGCCGGGGGGAGGUUGUAGUGGCACGUACCUCUAAAAUGUAGUAACUAAUCGUGAACGACAUGGUGGACUCUUGCGGUAGACGAGACUUAAGAGAAUGACACACCAACGUGACAGAAUCCACCGUCGUGCUAUCGACGAGACGAAGACUUAAUCACACAAACUGACUCGAUUAAUCCUGGUCACUGCAGGGCCUGGCGCUUUGUGGUUUGGCUGUGCUCGUGGGUCGUUCGAGGGACGGGAAUGACACGUGCUCUGCUCGUCCACACAUCCUCGGCCACAGCGUGUACGCAUUCGCAAUCGUCCACUCGCUGUUAAGAUGAAAUUGAAACCCUUACAAUUCAUCGCUGUGUGUAUUUCAGCAAUAAAUCGUUAAUGUAAAAACCA